CUUUUCCACCGGCGGACACUCGGCAGGCGGGUUGACUGUUCUCGAGAUGUGGCGCAUGAGUGUGCGUUUCGGGAUGUAACGGCUGUCUCUCGGAGGACCCAGACUGAAUUUUAACGAAAAAAAGCAUAACCGUGGAGAUAACAAGAGAUACGAACUGAAGUAAGGGAGUUUACGACAGCACGGAGUGGCGGGAGAUACAGGAGCGUGGCGGGAGAAAUGGCGGAGCACCACACUGCCAGCGACGGCAAGCAGCACAAAGCGUCCACCGGGGGCUCGGUGCACGGCAGACCCGGCGCCGCGGGAGGAGGAGGAGGAGGAGGAGGGGGAAAAGGAGGCCUGUCCGGCGGGCUGACUCAGCCGGCAGGGUGGCAGUCUUUACUCUCAUUUAGCAUUCUUUUUCUGGCCUGCCUGGCUGGAUUCAGCUCCAGACUGUUCGCUGUGAUCCGGUUCGAGAGCAUCAUCCACGAGUUUGAUCCAUGGUUCAACUACAGAUCAACGCACCAUCUCACCACCAAUGGCUUCUACGAGUUUCUCAACUGGUUUGAUGAGAGAGCGUGGUACCCCUUGGGCAGGAUCGUAGGUGGAACAGUAUAUCCAGGGCUAAUGGUGACAGCUGGCCUCAUCCACUAUGUGCUCAACCUGCUCCACAUUACCGUCCACAUCCGCGACGUAUGUGUCUUUCUGGCGCCAGUGUUCAGCGGCCUCACCGCCAUCUCCACCUUCUUGCUGACACGGGAGCUGUGGAACCAGGGCGCAGGGCUGCUGGCGGCCUGCUUCAUCGCCAUCGUCCCCGGCUACAUCUCCCGCUCCGUCGCUGGUUCUUUCGACAACGAGGGCAUCGCCAUCUUCGCCCUGCAAUUCACCUACUACCUCUGGGUGAAGUCAGUGAAGACGGGCUCUGUGUUCUGGACCAUUGGCUGUUGUCUCUGCUAUUUCUACAUGGUGUCAGCAUGGGGAGGUUAUGUGUUUAUUAUCAACCUGAUUCCUCUGCAUGUGUUUGUGCUGCUGCUGAUGCAACGCUACAGCAGGAGAGUCUACAUCGCCUACAGCACUUUCUUCAUCGUGGGUCUUGUACUGUCGAUGCAGAUCCCGUUUGUCGGCUUCCAGCCAAUCAGGACCAGCGAGCACAUGGCUGCAGCCGGUGUGUUUGCACUUCUCCAAGCGUACGCCUUGCUGCAAUACCUGAAGGACAGGCUGACCAGACAGGAAUUCCAGACGCUGUUCUUCCUCGGGGUGUCCCUUGCUGCAGGCGCGGUCUUCCUCACCGUCAUCUAUCUCACAUACACAGGAUACAUUGCUCCGUGGAGUGGUCGUUUCUACUCUCUCUGGGACACCGGCUAUGCUAAGAUCCACAUCCCCAUCAUAGCGUCUGUGUCGGAGCACCAGCCGACGACGUGGGUCUCCUUCUUCUUUGACCUCCACAUCCUGGUCUGCACGUUCCCAGCCGGCCUCUGGUUCUGCAUCAAGAACAUUAAUGAUGAACGAGUGUUUGUGGCCCUGUACGCCAUCAGUGCGGUCUAUUUCGCCGGUGUGAUGGUGCGUCUGAUGCUGACACUGACUCCGGUGGUGUGCAUGCUGUCUGCUGUGGCGUUCUCCAGCGUCUUUGAGCACUACAUGGGAGACGACACAAAGAGGGAGAAACCCCCCGCCGAGGACAGCAGCGACGAGGACGACAAGAGGAAUUCUGGGAAUCUUUAUGACAAGGCCGGAAAGGUGCGCAAGCAUGUGUCAGAGCAGGAGAAGGCAGAGGAGGGCCUGGGUCCCAACAUCAAGUCCAUCGUCACCAUGCUCAUGUUGAUGCUGCUCAUGAUGUUCGCUGUCCACUGCACCUGGGUCACCAGCAACGCCUACUCCAGUCCCAGUGUGGUGCUCGCCUCGUACAACCACGACGGGACACGUAACAUCCUGGAUGACUUCAGGGAGGCCUACUACUGGCUCAGGCAGAACACAGACGAGCAUGCACGCGUCAUGUCGUGGUGGGACUACGGCUACCAAAUAGCCGGCAUGGCUAACAGGACCACGCUAGUCGAUAACAACACGUGGAACAACAGUCAUAUAGCACUGGUGGGGAAGGCCAUGUCAUCAAACGAGAGCGCAGCUUACCAAAUCAUGAGGUCGCUGGACGUCGACUACGUUCUGAUCAUCUUCGGGGGUGUAAUCGGCUACUCAGGAGACGAUAUAAACAAGUUCCUGUGGAUGGUGAGGAUAGCGGAGGGAGAGCACCCCAAGGACAUCAGGGAAAGUGACUACUUCACCCCUCAGGGAGAGUUCAGGGUGGACAAAGCCGGUUCACCUACUCUGCUCAACUGCCUCAUGUACAAGAUGUCUUAUUAUCGAUUUGGUGAAAUGCAGCUCGACUUCCGGACGCCUCCUGGUUUCGACCGGACCCGUAACGCAGAGAUCGGCAACAAGGACAUAAAGUUCAAGCACCUGGAGGAGGCGUUCACCUCAGAGCACUGGCUGGUCAGGAUCUACAAGGUCAAGAAGCUGGACAACAGAGAGCCGCUGGACCACAAGCCUCGCAGUGUGGUGCCCAAGCAGAAGUACACGUCCAAAAAGACUGCCAAGAGGAAGCGAGGACACAUCAGGAACAAGCUCGCCCUGAGAAAAGGCAAGAAACUCCCAAAAAAAUAAUGAUGACGAUGGACCCUUCUAGGAAAACAAACAAAUGCGAAGAAACCUCGAACAACCAAUGAAGAAGAACACAGGGGGCCGUUUAUCUGGCACUUGGUACUCGAGCGCUUCCCAUUAGAGCGCUCCCGUGUGGUGAGGAGGUUGAAGUGUCAUAUCUGGCUAGUUCCAGAUCUGUUGUCUGUUUUAUCCUGAGGAUCUUUGUCUUGCUCAUUUUUUUCUUCUGUUUUUUUUUCUUCUGUUUUUUUUUUUUUACUUAAAUGUGUGGCGAGGCAUCGGGCUGCUCUACUUGGUUCUGUGUCGGUUACUUUUUGUGGUACGUUGAUUAACUGCUUAUCAGUGCGAGGAUCUGGUUGAGAGUAUGUGAAGUGGAGGAAAAGAGAGAAGACUUGGAACAUUUGCACCAAAGACCCAUCAACCUUGCUCCAUGGCACAUGUGAACUCAUCACUAAGCGAGAGGAAGCGCAGGAGUGAAAGCUAAGGACUUGUUCCUGACACGUGUACAGAGGAGAGUAUGCGGUAUGGAGGAACAUUUAGGCACAGUUCAUCUGUUAAUAUUAACCCUUUUAUCAUCAUCGUCAUCUCCUUUACGUCUGCCUGGCUCCCCCGUCCUACUUUUCCAACAAAGUCCUCAAAAAAAAAAAAAUUGGCCUAUUGUGUAAAUAUGUUGUGUACAAAAAAAUGUCUAAAAGGAUGAUAAUAUAUUGGAUUAUUGUGGUGAUUUUUAAAAUAUGCAGUUUUUUGUUUUUCUCUUAAUUUCUUUGUGAUUUUUUUUUUGUAUGACAGCAAAUAGAACAGUGAAUGCAAUAAUUCUUGUAAAGAGAGGCCUGAGAUUUUGUUGGAAGAAUGAAUGUGAAUUUUUACAAUGUUCCCCUUCGCCCCGGCCCUCUUUUUCAUAUUAAAUUGCAUAGAUUGUACAUUUCUGCUGCUGCUAGGGUUUUAAAGACGGAAGCAGGCAACUGUGUGUAAAAAGUAGUGAUAAUAAAUUAGGCCUCCCGCCCUGCAGGGGGAGCUGUCUAGGUUCUGUGUGCAAAGCCUAGUGCCUCAUUGCUGGUCAUCAUCGCCUCAUGUAUUUGUGACCGUCUACUUUUUUUUGUAGUUUAGUUUAUCUCAUAAUUUUAGUGCUUCUGCCAGGCUGAGGCUUUGGAAAGUAGACUUUUGUUUUUCAAGAUGUCUGGAAAUAUACUGCUGAACUGUGAAGAAGGGUAGUUGGUACACAAGCACUGAAACAAGGAAAGAUCACAAAGGUCAGGAAAGAUCAACACUUCCAUCAAAGUCUGCGACAAAGAUGGACGAAGCGUCCUCGUGUCCUAACCCAACACUGCAUACAAGUGAAGAAGAGGUACUGUGUGUAUGUUGAUCAUUCUCAAACAUGUCAGCAAGCAUGAGGGCUGCAACUUGGUGUUUUCAAAGACCAGUUUUGUCCUUAAGAUGUUACGGGGGAAAUAGAUAAAUGUGAUGCUGUUACAUUUCUUGUUUUGACCAACCAAAAGUUUAAACACCAAAAAAAAGUAGAAAAAAAUCCUCCUGCAGGUAAAGAUGGAACACCACUCAACUCUAGUUCUAAAAAAACAUGACAUCAUCCCAAAUGUAGUUUAUUCACAUAACGAAUUAAAAGCUGCUCAGCAUUAGGAGUGUGUGACGGUGUGUUUUCUUUAUAUUGUCACUAAAUGGGAUAAAGGGUCAGAUUGUUUCCCGGAGCCCAACAUGGCUUCUGUCAGGUUUUAUACGCCUUGACCUCCACCUUCCAAAAACUACAAUUUACACUGACAUGAAACAAAAACAGCCAAAUCUUUAAACUAGCCAAUCAAAAACUAACGGGCAACAUUUAAGAGUUAAAAUAACAAAAUAAUUAUUAGUGCUUAUUCAGUCAAUUUAAACAUCUAAAGGAAUCAGGCUCAGAUGAUACCAACAUUUGAAUCCAUGAAAUAAGUCAAACUAGAUACUUCCAUUAAACCUUUAAAGUCAAUUAAACAUCUCUUUCUAAUAACUCAACCUGACUUUGUAACAAAUUUAAUGUUAGAAAAAAAAAACCUCAUAUAUACUGAUAUUAAUAUUUCAUUGGCUUCAUUAUUACAAAUGGUGAAAUGACCCUUUAAUGAGUUUACAGUUUCUGCUGUAGUGAACUGGCUAGACUAAAUCGAUCUUUGAAUGCACUGAUGAUAUCCAGCUUCCAUAAAACAUCACCUUACUAGUGAACUCUUUUUCUCACCAGCUGACAUAUUUACCCAAACUUCAUUCUUUAAUUGAAACAAAGAAAUGUUUCUUUUUUUUUUUUUCUACCUAAAAUGACUAAAAUAAAAAACACACAACAUAAGUUUUGUCCCUCUGUAGGGACACAGCUUCACUAGAACAUACAUCUUUAACUUGUCAUGUUUCAGGCACUGCACUGUUCUGUGUGUCUGGAUUUACAGAUGCCAUGUCCAAACACUAGAGGUGUGUGUGUGUGUGUGCGUGUGCGUGUGUGCACGCUUCGGCAGUUUUUUUUGUAUCAAAUAACUGACACAUCAAAAGACUAACAAAUCAAACAGCAGAACUUGUUUUGUCACAUCUCACAGAAAGUGACUUUUAUAAUUCGUAUCACCUGUUCAUUUCUUUUCCUUCUGUCUGAGUUUCUUUGUUCUCUUCACUUUGAUCUUCCCUGAAACACUGUCAUUACUCGGAGGCGUCACACCUUCGACAAAAUGCCACGUUGUUAUUGUAACUCACCUAAACUGUGUCACGUCCUUUGAUUUCCCAUGAGAGGAGAGAGAGUUCAGACUCAGCCUUAAUGUGAUGUACAGUUUUUUCUCUUUCAUUUUGGGCUUCAUUAGGAGCAGCUAAAUGCUUCCUCUACUAAGUUUACUCAUGUUUUAGUUUACUCAGUGCCGUCUGAUGAAAUCCCUCCCUCACCUUCAAAAGUUUACAUUUUUACAUUGUUGUUCUGUUCAGCCAUCUUUAAAUAUACACCUUAAUGACAAAA